UAAUCUAUGCCAUUGACUUUGGCAGGACACGGUGAACCAUCGUAGAAGUUUGACAACGUUUCGUUGGAAGAUAGCAAUCAACACCACCCCCACCACAUGACUAUCCCUCCUUGUGACUAAUUUGUCCAGUUGACUUUAGCAGAACACGAUGAAACAUCGUAGAAGCUGCUUGGUCUGUGAUCGCUCGCUGUGUCCGGUAAACGGUUAGGUAUGCUCGGGUUCGUUAUAAAGCACCCUAAUGUAACACAUUGAUCUCGCAGUUUGGGCGAUCCGACUCCGACCAAAGCCCGUAUUCAGUAAUGCCGCGCGCGGCUUCCCGUUCUCAUUUGUUGCGCGCUCGCUUGUUCUUGUUCUGCCUUGUUUGUUGUCCUUUGAUCCCCUCUGUUGCUCCUCUGUCCUUCAAUAUAGGCAGCUUCGACACGGAUUUGACCGACAUACUGUUCGAGGGUGUCGCGAAACUCGCGUAUGGAUAUGUCGAUCUCACCACAGGCGUUACUCCACCGCACUUCCAGGUGGGCCGGAUUCAGUAUUCGAAGCCCGUCCACAUGUGGGAUCCUAUCACGGGGCGGCAAGCGGACUUCUCCACCCGUUUCUCAUUCACCAUCGAGACCGAUGGCUCUGCUCGGUACAGCGACGGCAUUGCCUUUUUCCUCGCUCCUGUGGGGAUCCCGAUCCCGCCCAACUCGGCCGGCGGAUUCCUGGGAUUGUUCAACGCGAGCACGGCCAAUGAAGGGCCUCGGAACCAGAUUGUCAUGGUCGAGUUCGACACUUAUGUGAACCCAGAGUUUGAUCCCACGAUGCAUCACAUAGGAAUCAAUACGAACAGGCUCUCGUCGCUCGUUUAUGCCGGUUGGGAUCCCGCAUUGCACAGCGGGAAAGCAACGGAUGUUCUCGUGACCUACAAUUCUACGAGCAAAAACCUUAGCGUGUUCUGGUCGUUCGACGACAAACCGGUUUCCCAGGAUAAGAGCGAUUCCUCGCUUUCUUGCCAAGUAGAUCUUGCAAGAGUCCUUCCCGAAUCAGUUGUGAUCGGGUUUUCAGCUUCUUUUGGCUUCUUCGCAGAGAGACACAGCAUCAAUUCAUGGGAGUUCACUUCGAAUUUGGACGAUGUAGAUCUGCCGCCGCCGCCGCCAGAUAAAUCGCCGUCAAAGGGGGAGAACUCGAAACCUCGCCAGUUGAGGAUACUGGUCGUGGUUCCCGUGGCAUGUUUUUUACUGGUGAUCUCAGCACGUUAUUGCUUUAUCGCGGGCAAGAGGGGCGAAAAGCAUGGUUAUGGCGCCCUCACCGACAUCGACAAAGAGAUCGGCGCAUUGCCUGCGAAGUUCACUUAUCAGGAUUUGCUCACGGCGACCAAUGGCUUCGCAGAUGAUCACAGGCUCGGCCAAGGCGGAUCUGGCCAAGUCUAUAAAGGGUUCUUGAGCCAUUCAGACCGUAUGGUAGCCGUCAAGAGGAUCUUCGCGGAGUCCCGCCACUCGGAGAAGGUCUUUGUCAAUGAGGUGAAGAUCAUAAGCCGUACAAUCCACAGAAACCUGAUGCCGUUCGUCGGGUGGUGUCAAGAGGAAGGCGAGUUCUUGCUCGUCUACGAGUACAUGCCCAAUGGCAGCCUCGACCACCAUCUCUUCGGGGCCCGGAGAAGCCUGCCAUGGGAUGUGCGGUACAGCGUAGCGCUCGGUCUCGCAUCCGCCCUCAACUACCUCCACGAGGAGCUCGAGCAAUGCGUGCUCCACCGGGACAUAAAGGCAGCCAACGUGCUGCUCGACACCAAUUUCAGCACCAAGCUUGGCGACUUCGGAGUGGCCAAGCUUGUUGACCCCCGGUUCAGGACUCAAAUGACAGACGUGGUUGGGACUUUUGGGUAUCUGGCGCCCGAGUACUUGAUCGGAGGGAAGGCCACGAAGGAGUCCGACAUGUUCAGCUUCGGCGUUGUGGCCCUGGAGAUCGCAUGUGGACGGAGGAGCUACGAGGACGGAGGGAUCCGAGUCCUGCUGAACAAGUGGGUCUGGCAACUCUACCUCGCCGAGAACAUCCUCGGUGCGGUGGAUGAAGCUUUGGGCUUGGGGUUCCGGAGGGAGGAGGUGGAGUGCCUGAUGAUGGUGGGGCUGUGGUGCGUGCACCCAGACCCCGCGAGACGGCCAAGGGCAGGGCAAGUGAUCAGGUUCCUCCGGCUUGAGGACUCGGUUCCAGAGCUCCCCCGCGACGCUUUUGACGGACCAGUUUCAUACCGGCCAUCAGCUUCUCAAUUAGGAAUGAUGGAAUCUCCAUCUCCUCCUCCUACUCAAGAAUCUGCCUAUUGAGCAAGACAAUCCUGGCUCUCCUAAAGUCAUGCCGCAACAUAUGUUGACUUAAUCUGCUCAUCCUGCUGCAUCAACUGUAUUUUGGUUACAAUCUACUUUCCCUUGCCCAAAUUGGUGAUUUGAAAUUGAGUACAUCAUGCGGACUUAGUAUCGCUCAA